CUCAGUAGAUAACUUUCCUUCUUGCGAGCCGGUCCAUUCGGGGCCCUUUUGAGCGCCAGCAAACAGAGCCAAACGGUUUUAAAGCAAACGGAAAGGAGUGAAAAAAGUUUGUGCAAAGUUUGUCGUCGGUUUAUUUUCGGGGGUGACUUUUGUUUCUGUUUCAACUUUGCGUGUGCGGAUGUGAUUGUGCAGGCAUCGAGGCAGCGCCUGCCGUACCGAAAUUCACCGCAAACUGUUGCGUGCUGGCAUCAGUAACUCCGCGAUUUAAAUUAACUACAAUCAGCCACCAGCCAGUCACUAAAUGCCAUUUAGGAGCUUUUGGGAGCGAUUUUGUACGGGAUUUUCGAGCUCGCAGGGCAGCUUCUGUUAACAAGCUAAAACAAGGGCUGCUCGUUGAUUUAUUAUCACUUUAACGAUUCCCGCUCCUCUGCUUCACUCAGUGACGUCCUAUCUUGGGCAUCGGCAGUGGAUGAAACCUACCCACACCCCUAAGUCGUUCCGUGCCUUCCCUACCGGUCGCAGAUUGGAAAGUUUGAUCAAUAUCAUAAAAUCGGUUUUGAUAGUAGCGAAGGCUACUACUACACUACCCGAGCAUUGUUUGUUUAUGCUCCCGUUCCGCAGUUUCAUUCCGCGACAUUACGCCAACGGACGUGGUGCCCCUGGAGCAGUGCUCAGAAGUUAGAACUCGCGCGGAAUUAACUUUACAUCCGGAACAUUAAGUGUAUCCUUGAAGUGCGUGUGUGUAGCAACCAACUUGGAGCAGUACUCCAGAAACGAAUCGAGUUGCAGUAGUAGUGCCAGCAACAACUCCAUUCCAUAUCCCGGUCCAGAGCGCACGAGAUGAUACCCAUCCUCAGCAAGUUUGAUCUGAAAGAAGGAGUGAAACAGAUCGUCGGCGUCUCCGAUAUCACCGAGAACCGCAACAUAUGGCGCAUGCUGGUGGCCGAGUUUCUCGGCACCUUCUUUCUGGUGGCGAUCGGCAUCGGUAGCACGACCGGCUGGACCGACUACAGUCCCACGCUCACGCAGAUUGCGUUCACCUUCGGCCUGGUGGUCGCCACGCUUGCACAGGCAUUUGGGCACGUAAGCGGAUGCCACAUCAAUCCGGCCGUCACGAUCGGGCUGAUGGUAACGGCCGACGUCAGCAUACUGAAGGGUGCUUUCUACAUCGUUUCCCAGUGCAUCGGCGCAAUUGCGGGUGCAGCCGUCAUUAAGGCCGCCACACCGUCGGAAGUGGUCGGCGGGCUCGGCGUGACCGGCAUCGCCCCGGGACUGUCCACCGGGCAGGGUGUCCUGAUCGAAGCGCUCAUCACCUUCAUGCUGGUGUUCGUCGUCCAUGGCGUGUGCGAUAAUCGGCGCACGGACGUCAAGGGUUCGGCUCCGCUCGCUAUCGGACUCUCGAUCACGGCCGGCCAUUUGGCUGCGAUCAAGUACACCGGCGCCAGCAUGAACCCGGCCCGCUCAUUCGGACCGGCCGUUGUGAUGGGAAAUUACACCGAUCUGUGGGUAUAUUGGGUUGGUCCGAUUGUCGGUGGCAUUGUUGCCGGUGCCGUCUAUCGUCUGUUCUUCAAAGUAAGAAAAGGUGACGAAGAAUCAAAUUCAUACGAUUUUUAAGAAACAACUCUUUCCACACACACACAUACACGUGAAACAUACCCGCCAAAACACAAUCUCCGCCAAAAUUAUGUAAAAUCAUUUCACUGGCCAGCAGCAGACAUAUUUAUAAAAAAAAAUCCAAGAAGCAAGUAGUCGUCGUGUCGCACACACAAAACAGGAAGCAAUUGGAGAAUCCUCAAAGCACUCGCAAUCUGUUUUCGUUUUAAAAUUCAUUCACAUGAACCCAAUGGAGUUGGUUUAUUAUCUGUGGAAAAAAACUUGAAGUGAAUCUCAUACAAAACAACAAAAUCCAUCUAAUCCAAUUCGUUGUAGCUCAUACUAACCUAACCCAAUCCAUACCCAUGCUCACCUUAAUCCUCUAUUAUCAAUUAGCAGGAGAAGAAUGUUUAAAUUCCAACGGAAAAUUUAAAUGUGUUUUCUACUCUUCUUUUCCAUUUUUUUCCUCUUCUUCGUCCCCGAUCGUCCAGAUGAACACUAACAAAGUAGGCCAAGUGACUAACGACGUUCAGUACAUUUAGCCCGGAGCGUAAUCCGCUAGCCCAUCUCGAUAGCUCCUACUACGACUAACCCCGACGCCCUGCGUCCUGUGUGCGUGUUCACCGACACAAGUACACACACACACACGUACAUACGGGAAGGAUCUUGAGAUGGGGUAAACAUCAUCAUCUUCAUCAUCACAUUAAAAGCAACACUCACAGAAAAACAAACAGGCCUGGAAAAACUUCAACCGUUCAGCCGCACACGCCCGUGCGCAUCUAAAGAGGACAUACAGGGGGCUGCUGCUGCUACUAAAACACUCCACACACACACUACUCCACAUCAUGCCAGCGCGUGUGCUAACCUGUCAAGGGCUAGUGGCUUCUCGUGAAGGAAAAACGCUCCGUGGGAAACAAAACGUUUCGAGACGAUCUAAAUUCAUCCUAACUCGUGUUUAGAUUCUUCAUCAUUGUGCUAACCUGCAUGGAUGCCUUAGUAUCUUAGUAACUGCAAUUAAUACCACCAUCGACAGAGAACAUUCAUCUAAUUUCACUGAUAUUAGUACUAACAGAUAGAAAGAAAGGGUUAAUAGUAGAUUGUAGUGUUUGCUAGUAAUCUAAUACUAACACAUUCACACAUCACUAAUAGGUUUGUGUUGCGGCUACGGAAAUAUCAUCAGAACAACUCCAAGGAAAGGGUUACUUAUGUACUUGAAGACAUAAAUAUUAGUUCAACAGUUUUGUUUUUCACUUUCGUUCUCGCCAUGUGCGAGCCAACCCACACAUGAAACACCAGAUUAUUCACCAGUUGCUUCAUAUUUUGUCACAGUUGCACAGAAGGACACACACACUCACACAGAGUACGUGUAGGCGGUGAAGAUUUAGCGGUUCGGCGUUUAGAGCCACCUGUUUGGUCAGGGUUAUGAUUCCUUCUCUCCACUUUUCUCCCGCCUCUUUGUUGUUUCUACUGUAUUGUUGUUGUUUUCCUUUCAAUGUCUGUUGGUUUGAACCUUGCAGUAGGCGGUAAAAUACGCACACACACACUUACACCAGGCACACGAAUGCGUUUUCUCUGUAAGAUUCUUAUCGCAUAUUAUGUAUUAUUUAAACGAAACUUCACACAACUAUAAUUAGGAAAAAAAACUGGUUAGGGCAGACGCGAUGGAGUGCGCAAACGGGCGGGAGGACUGCUGCUGCUUUGCAUCGUCUAGGCCCUCCCGCCGCCGAUAGGACAUGAUAGCAUGAUGGUUUACUUUUCGUUUUGUUUUCCGAUUGCGAUGCACGCAAAUGCAUCCGCAGUUGGCAGUAAAUUCAAACACCAAACAAGGGACAGUUGCUGCUUGUGCGGUGGCACAGUAACAGAAAAUAUGACACACACACACACACACACACACACUCACAUACACACAGAAAUUCGAACAAAAAACGCGCACAGCACACGAUUCGCGUAAAAGCGAUGAAACUAAUGCGAAUGCACCGUAUCAUGUCCGCGGACAUCCAUCUAUCGAUUAGGGACCGAUCCGAUUUACUACUCCGUAAGUUCUAUUUAUGUAUCAUAUACAUCGGAAUUUACCAAAACAUUAUUGUUGCGCCAGCGCGAAGACGAAUAAGAGAUCUUUAAACAAAUAAAGUGUAAUGUUAUACAGUUA